AUGCCUUCUAAGAGAGGGAAACGAUUAAAAAUGGAGGUAUUGGAUGUUCAAAGUUUACCUCACGAAGAAGAAAGCCCUGAGUUAGCUGAGCAUGAGGCGCAGGAGGAAGAUACCUCAAGGGAAGAAAUUGGGUUAACCUCCCAAGAGUUUGACAGAUGGAGGGUGCAGCAGGAAUUUAAAUUAAAAGAGUUACAGCUCAAGGCUAAGGCUGAGUCCAGAGAAAAAGAGAUGGCUAUGGAAAUGAGAGCAAAAGAGAUGGAAUUCCAACUAGAAAUGAGAUGGUUGGAAUUAUUAGCCCAAAACAACAACAACAAUAAUAAUAAUUCACAUCCUGAGGAGAAUUUAUCAAAAGCAGACUUAAAGAAAUUCCCUCAGUUCAGAAAGGGUGAUUGCCCAGAGGCAUUCCUCAUUGCUUUCAAGAGGAAAUGCUGGGAUUAUAAGGUGAAAGAUGAGGAGAGAAUGAUCCUGAGAAGAUCUCAAAUAAGUGGAGAGUUAAAUGAGAUUUAUUCUCAAAUGCCCCAAGGUCAGAUAGAAAAAAGAGAAAAACCUGAAGAAAAUUGUGAGAUCCCUAAUGAAAUUAUAGAAGGAGAUGAAGACAAUAAAACAGCUGAGGUGGUAUUUGGCAUUUCAUCUGAAGAAACUUUUGUUAUCACAACAACUAGCAGAAGAGAGAUCACGAAUGAAAACUUUGGUGGCAUUGUUAAAGAUCAGAUGACUUUCUACUUGCUACAAUCAGUUGAUCAGUUGCUUCCCUCAGCAACAAAGGAAAGAAUUGAUUUCCUUCCACAUUAUGACACACUUGUGAAAAGCGGAAUGUAUGAAUACUAUGCUAGUGAAGGGCAAAAUCCUUUGCCGUUUGCUCUUGCAGAAUUAAUUGACAACUCCUUAUCUGCCACUUCUCAAAAUUCUGGUGUCCGGAGCAUACAGUUAAAACUGUUAUUUGAUGACACCCAGGGAAAACCAGCUGUUGCUGUAAUUGAUAAUGGAAGAGGCAUGACAUCUAAGCAACUUAAUAAUUGGGCUGUGUAUCGGUUGUCAAAGUUUACAAGACAAGGAGAUAUAGAAAGUGAUCAUUCAGGAUAUGUACGCCCUCCUGUGGCACCUCGCAGUUUAAACAGUGAUAUAUCAUAUUUUGGGGUUGGUGGUAAACAAGCAGUAUUUUUUGUUGGACAGUCUGCCAGAAUGAUAAGCAAACCUUCAGGUUCUCAAGAUGUUCAUGAACUUGUCCUUUCUAAGGAAGAGUUUGAAAAGAAAGAGAAGAAUAAAGAAUCUGUAUAUACUGGGUACAUUAGAAACAGAAAGCCAUGUGACUCUUCCCAUAUUGUUAAUGAUGAUGAACGAUUCCUACACAAUCUUAUUAUGGAAGAGAAAGACAAAAAAUGUUUCACUACAGUAAUUAUCACUGGAGUACAACCACAACAUAUGCACUAUUUGAAAAACAAUUUUCACCUGUGGACAAGACAAUUAACACAUAUAUAUCAUUAUUAUAUCCAUGGACCAAAAGGAAAUGACACUAAUUUGCCGGUGACAGAGACAAGACAUUUUAACAAUAUUAAUAUUCAGAUUUCAAUGUUUGAAAAGGGGAAGGCACCUAAGAUUGUGAAUCUUAGAGAAAUCAAAGAUGACAUGCAGACUUUAUAUAUAAACACUGCAGCAGACAGUUUUGAGUUCAAGGCUCACGUUGAAGGAGAUGGCGUGGUGGAAGGCGUUAUACGUUAUCAUCCUUUCUUGUAUGACAGAGAAACCUACCCCGAUGAUCCUUGUUUUCCUUCAAAAUUAAAAGCUGAUGACGAUGACGAUGAUGAUGAUUGCUAUAUAAUAGAAAAGGGAGCCAGAGGGAAAAGACCUAUUUUUGAAUGUUUUUGGAAUGGAAGGCUAAUACCAUACACAAACGUGGAAGAGUUUGAAUGGUGUGCUCUUCCAAAGAAGAGAGGCAUUACUCCAAUUGAAUGUUACAGCAGAAUUUCUGGUGCAUUAUUUACAAAUGAUAAAUUUCAAGUUAGCACAAAUAAGCUGACUUUCAUAGAUUUGGAAAUAAGGUUAAAAGACAAAAAUACACUUUUUACAAGAAUUGUCAAUGGACAGGAACAGAGAAUGAAAAUUGACAGAGAAUUUGCAUUGUGGCUCAAGGACUGCCAUGAAAAAUAUGACAAACAGAUAAAAUUUAUGGAGUUCAAAGAAAUAGUUACACGUCCUGAUGUGACCUCUAAGAGAAUGCAGAGUCCUUGGGCUAUAUAUUUGGCAAUAGAGUGGGAUGGAAAAACAUAUAAAGCUGGACAGUUGGUGAAAACAACUAAAACAGCUCCAAUAUACCAUGGAACCAUAAGACAUUUUUUUCUAUAUGGAGACCAUGAGGGAGAUGUAUAUGCUACAGGAGGAGAUGUUCAGAUAGCUUUGGAACCCCAGGCACUGUAUGAUGAAAUAAAGGUUAUUCCAAUACACAAAAUUGAUCGCUUAGCAUCCGACACAGCAGUGAAGAAGUACAUUGAGGAAGAAAUGGCCAGACUCCCUGAUGGAUUGUCAGUAACGUGGCCUGAAGGGGAUGAAUUGUUACCAGAUGACAUCAAACAUGCAGGAUCCCCCAUAGGAGCACUAAAAGUUGAAAUACUGAAUAAAAAAGGAGAAGCUAUGCAAAAGCUUCCAGGUUCAAGACAUGGAGGAUCAAAGAAAUUACUUGUGGAACUUAAAGUUAUUCUGCACUCUCCUAGUGGAAAUAAGGAAAUCAUUUCUCAUAUCAGUCAGCAUGGGGGUAAAUGGCCUUUCUGGUUCAAAAAAAUGGAAAAUAUUAACGUACUUGGGCCUUACACACUGAAGCUUCAAGUGGUAUUGAAUGAAAGCAAUGCAGACACAUAUGCAGGAAGAUCUCUUCCUUCUAAAAUAUAUGAAUUUAAAAUAAUAGAGGGCAAGCCACAGAAAUUUUCAAUAGGUCUUUUGGAUGCUCCAUUUCGGGUUGGACUUCCAUUCUGUAUACCUCUAGAUGUCCAAGAUGAGUUCGGUAAUUCUACUCACCUGCCAAAUGAUAUUGUACCGGUCCUUGAAGCUAGUGGUUUAAUAUUGCAGUAUCAAGAAAUAGAUAGAGGGCCUGCUUGUGCCAUUAAGGGCAUAACUGCCAGAGGCCUUGUGAACAGUUGCCAGGGCAAGAAUUUCUCUCUGAAAGUUACUCUUCCUGGUUUGAAGGAAGCAUCUCAGGUUUUAAAAAUUAAACUUCUCCCAGGUACUCCUCAUCAGCUAAAAGUCAAACCAGAUUCUGACAUCUUAAAAAUUGAGAAUGGAACAGCCUUCCCUUUCCAUGUUGAAGUGCUGGAUGAAGUAGGAAAUGUAACAGCACAGCCAAAAUUAAUUGUUCAUUGCAAGUUUUCAGGAGCUCCAGACCUUCCAAUGUAUGUUGUUGAUUGUAGCAGCACUGGGUCUAAUAUCUUAACUGGUCCAGUUCUGUAUGUUCAGAAUAUAAAGAAAGAUCAGACACUUAAAGCAAAGAUUGAAAUACCUAGUUGUAAAAAUGUGUCACCCCUGGAGAAGACCAUUAAAUUGUUUCCUAGUAGCCGUGUUGCAAAACUACAGAUAUUUAGUGUUGAGGGAGAAAAAGCUAUUCAAAUCAAACACCAGGAUGAAAUUAAUUGGAUUGCAGGUGAUGUGAUGCAAAAUCUUAUUUUCCAAAUGUAUGAUGAGGGAGAAAGAGAAAUAAUAAUGACUCAAGUUCUGGCUGAAAAAAUUAAGGUAAAUUGGACCCCAGAGAUCAAUAAAGAACUACUAGUCAACGGUUCAUUACCAAAUGUGAAAGUACCAACAUCUGUUACAGAUGAGCGAUAUUGUCUAGUCACAUUCCAUGAUGACCAUGUAUCUUUGGAAAGUUCAUUUACAAUCAGACCAAUUCCUGAUGAACCAAAACAUAUUAAAUGUGAAAUAAAAGGUUCAAAUGUGUUAUUAAUGGGUGAAAUUUUGCAAGGUGAAAUUGAGAUAAAGAUUACAGACCAGCAUGGAAAUCAUAUUCAGAACCUCACGUCAUUUUGUAUUUCUUCCUUGGGAAUUUCUGGAAAUGGUCUGGAUAAGUCAGAUUUGCAGACCAUUUGGCAGGAGGAUACACAAACAAUUUGUGUCAGAGGCAUUAGAUUCAAGCCAUGCCCUCCUGAAACCAAAGAACUGUGCAUUGCCUGGCGUGAACUUUCUCAUUUCUUGAGAUUAAAUUUGAUUGCAGGACCACCAGCAAAAUUGACCCUUGCGGAUUGGCCAGAAUCAGAGGAACCAGUUUCAAUAAUUAAUGGCAAGAAACUACUCAAACCUCUUAUAGUCCAGCUCUGUGAUCAAUGGAAUAACCCAUCUUCUGAACCUAAUGUCAAAAUCAGCCUUGUCAAAGCAAAUAAUGUAAAGAUUAUGCCUUCAAAUCCUCUGCGCAAAACAGAUGAAAAUGGUAGUGCAAAUUUUGGAGUUGUUAGUAUUCAUGCUCCCAGGGGAGAACAUACACUGCAGUUUAAAGCCUCAUACAACAAGAACACACUAGACAGUUUAAUAAUAAAAUUAAAUGUUCUGCCUGAUCCUGAUAAGCCUGUACGUUUAAAUGUCAAAUAUGACCAGAAUGCUACCUUUGCAGCUGGAGGCAUUUUUCCAGAUUUCAUGGUUAGUGUUGUUUCUGAAGGUGACAACAUUAUUACAAACAUAAAUCCAGGAAGAAUUAGUAUGAAGAUCUGGGAAGGGAAUAGUAGUCUAUCUCAAAAUGUCACGACACUUGGCUGCACCAAAACAAAAGAUGAUACAGAAGAUAGUUUCUUCCAUUUCAGGGAUAAAGUGGUUCCAGAGAAAGCGGGCACAUACAGCAUCCAGUUUGAAUUUGCCAUUGACAAAAUAAACAAUCUCAACAGCGAACAGAUUAUAAUUGAAGUGGUGCCUAGUGAACCAGCACAGUUGAUGCCUGGAAUUUUGCCAAAUACUCCUGCAGUUUCUAACGUUUCAGCUGUUAGCAGUCGUACCCUUGUCAAGGACUUGACCCUCAUUUUAAUGGAUGAAUACAAAAACUGCACUGGAAAUGAUUUAGAUGGAAAAAUCAUAGCCAGAAUUAAAAGUCCAGUUGAGAAAGAUGCAAAUAUUCCCCUGUUCCAGGGUAAAACAAGUACAGUUGAGUUUCCUUUUCACAAAGGAAUUGCUGAAAUUGAGGAUCUUGUGCUUGCACAAAAUAGUCCGGGGAAAGAUAGUACUGAAUACGUUCUUGUAUUUGAGCCAGUUAUACCAACUUUGAAAAAACAUCUGAAGCCUUACAAUCUGUCUUUUAUGUUUUACAAUGGUUAUGAAAGACAACAGCAGAUGGCAGCACUCACAAAAGAGAGAGACCGAUUGUCUCAGACAAUAAGUGCAUACAGAAGUUUGUUUGACACCACUAGUCAGCUUCUUGCCGAAAUAAAGCGUAAAGUCCAGGAAGCUGAAACAAAAGAGACCCAUCUUAAGAAUGAACUGAAAAAACAUCAGAUUGAUAUACCUCAGACUAAUACCCUGCAAUAUGUGGAUGCUUUAAUAAAAAACAAGAAGUCUGAGCAGGAAGGAAUAAUAAAACAGCCCAGAAGAACUUGUGCACUUACCAAUUAUCCCAAGGGGAGUCAAGAGGUUUUGGGAAAGAUUGCACACUUAGCACAGAUUGAAGAUGAUGAAGCUGCAAAAGUAAUCUCUUGGCAUUUGGCAAGUGAUAUGGACUGUGUAGUCACUAUGACAACUUCUGCUGCCCGUCGCAUCUUUGAUGAAACUCAAGGCCGGCAGCAGGUAUUGCCUCUUGAUUCUAUUUAUCGGAAGAAUCUACCAGACUGGAAAAGGCCUUUACUUCAUUUACGAAAUGGAAAAAACUAUUUCAAGCCUAUGGGAAAUCCUGUAUUUGCCAGAAACCUGCUAAUAUUUCCAGAACAUAGAGAAUAUUGCCAGACAGUGUUUGGGAUGCUCUUGGGAGAUACCAUUAUUAUUGACAACCUCGAUGCUGCAAACCAUUACAGAAAAGAGGUUGUAAAAAUUACACAUUGUCCAACAUUGCUGACAAGAAAUGGAGACAGAAUUCGAAGCAAUGGAAAGUUUGGAGGUCUUCAGAAUACAGCUCCUCCCAUGGAUAAGCUGCGAGGAAUGGUUUUUGGAGCACCUCUCCCACAGCGUUACAAUAUUCUCUCUGAACAAAUAGAUCUUCUUCAGCAAUAUUUUACAGCUGUUGGCAGACUCAGCGAAGCAAGUUCAGAACUUAAAGAGCAAGAACAAUCACUGAGUAGUUCUGAAAUGCAAGAAAAGAAAAAAGAGCUUGCUGACCAGGAAAAUGAACUCAAAUUAAUAGAGCAAGAAUUAGGCAUGACUUCACCAGGUCCAACUAAUAAAUCAGCACUUCACCCAGAAGAACAUGAUUGGUUUGACAGUCCAAAUCCUCCAAAAAGAAGGCGACGAGAAACAGGAAAACGAUUAUAUAGACCAGAAGAAUCGGUCUCAUCUUCUCCCAUGAAGAAACAGCAGCAAACAGCAACUCUUACAUCAAAUAUGAAUGGAACCCCCAAAAGAAAGAAAACAGAAUAAUCACAUGUGUAAAAAAAUAGUUGCAUACUGAAAUAGGUAUACAAAAAGGGAAAAAAGUAAAUUUACUGCCAUAUUUUUAUACUGAUCGAGAAGUGUUCUAGUUUAUGACGACAACUAGCUAUAUGCUGAUUUGUAUACUUUUUUAUUACUAUUGCACCUCAUUUAUUAAAUUUUGAUAUGUGGAAGUCAUGCAUUUUUAUUUAUGUAUUUUUUUCUUCAAUUUUGGCAAUAAAAUUGUUACAGUACUAAAGAUUUUUCUAGUACAGUAUAAUGUGAUGAUUGAUGUUGGUGAAAACAUAAUGAGAGCUUUUUUAAAACAAACUUUUUUUAUUUAUUUCAUUGUUCUAAACUGGCUUUAUACUGUAUAUACCAAAUGAAAAAGCACAAUAUCACAGUUCGUUUCACUAAAUGUCAGUAACAUCUUGUGUCCACAUGCAAAGGCUUUAGGAAUUCGUAAUCCAUGUUAAAACUAUAACAAAUAUCUUAAUAUAAGUAGUGAAUGUGUGUAAAAUGAAGAUGUGAUAGACCAUUCACCUUUUAUACUUUCACAUACUGACUAUCAGUACCAGUAGCAGGCUCCAUUUAGUGAAUGUUAUGGUUCCAUUAAAAGACACAGUAGAACUGAAAUGCCUAAAAUCUCCCGACUAGAAAUGAGCACAAAGCGAGCCACAAACCAAAAAAAUUGUCUGGUCUAUGGUUCAUUUCACGACCCAGUUUUGGGAUCCCAUUUUUUGCCAAAGCAAAAUGAAACACCAAACUUCUCUCCCUUUGGUGUUUUGUGUGCUUCGGCAAAAGGGGAUACUGACCUUCCCACUUCCCACCUGCCUCCAUCACUGCCACCUACCUGCCCCUGCCUCUGCCACUGCUGUGGGUGCCAUCCUCAGAAGAAACAGGACUAGCUUCCCUGCCAGGAGCUGCCUCUGAGCAUGCAUCCACCUAUCAGCUGAGCAGCAGAGGCACGCUCAGAAGCAUGCCACCCACCUACCUGAUAGGUGGGCUCCUUUCCAGGAGCCUGCUAUUGCUUCUUAGCAUGUGCCAAUGGUGGAGGAGGCAGCAGGAGCAAGUACUCUCCCCCCCCAGCAGAAACAAAAAGAAAAUUGAACUCCAAUUCAUUUUUCCAGAGGUUUGUGGUGGUUUGUGGUUAAUCACAAAUCACAAACCAUCAUGAACUACUGGUACUCUGGUUUGUACCCAUCUAUACUCCCCACCCAUGUUUUAACCCAUUUUCCAUUAAAAGUAUCCCUCUACAUCUUAUUGCAAACUGCCCUGAAAACUGGAUUUAUUUGAAAGAUAUAGCAUAAAAUAAAAAACAGAUUUAGAAAUGGCAUUAGUAAAUAUUAAGAUACUGCUCCCCAAUGUGUAACAGUUGCAAUAGCUGGUUAAAAGGAGAACUGAAGAGAAAAGGUCAAGCUUUGCUUGACUCCAGCGCAGAAGAGUCAAUGCAUCAGGAAGAUAUUUCCAUGAUUUGGGGAGUACUGCUGAUAAAUCAUUAUCUCUUGUACCUACUAUCUUGAUGCAUCUGAACAGCAGACACUCAAGAAUGACCCAGAGAUCAAAUUUUAUCAUAGAGGCAGGACUACAUGGAUGAAAGUGAUCCUCCAAAUAAGCUACUUCAAGGCUGUUCUGUGCUUUAGAAGUUGAGACCAAAACUUUGAAUUGGGCUUGGAAACAUACUGGCAGACAAUAUGUGUUGUGGACUGGUGACUUGAGUGUGACGUAACGCUUUAACAUUUUCUGUACUUAAAAUCUGUAGAAUGAACAGUGUGAUGUGCAGAGGACAAGUCAUAAAUGUAAUCGAAAACUUUCAAAAGGAAGGAAAAAUAUAGAAUCUGCAAAAUAAAGUUAUUUCAGAUUUGUUCUCUA